AUGGAGGGAGAAGAGAGUGUGUUAGAUGCUAUAUAUGAAGAUGAAGACGGAUUUGAGACCAUGGAAGAUGUUGACAUGGUUGAUGUGGAAGAAGGAGAGAUUGCUGGUGAGCAUGACUUAUAUUCUGGAGAGAGACAGGAUGGUGAAAUGGGUGGAGACAAGGAUAAAGAAGGGCUUUUGGGCAAGAAGGAUGGGCAGAGUCAGCCAAACAAGAACAAGAGGAAGAAGAAUAAGAAGAAGAAGAGAAGGAACGGUCCUGUAAUGGGGAAGCCCAUGGAUUUAGACAGGUUUGUCAGGGAUACUUGUAGACGCCUCAAGGAGAAGAAGUCUUACAUGGUAUACACAGCUGUUGGGUGUCUUGGAAUUCCUGCCUUGACUGAUCUUGUCAAUGAGGUGGAAGCAAUCGAGACAUGUGGUGGUCAGGUGACUGCAGAUGGCAGUAGGAAACGAUCAGGAGGUGGUGUGUUGUGGAACAUCAUCAAAGCGAGACAACCCGCAUCUUACAGAGAGAUAAUGAAAAAGACCAGGGAGUUUGAGAAGCAAUUUAGGUACCCAAACACGAGACCAAAGUCAGGGCCGAAACGAGAUGAGGGUAGCUUCUCUGAAGGACUUGCCUCUGCAAAUGCAUCUUCUGAUGAAGCUCUGGUCAGUGAGAUGUGUGCUAUGCCGGUAGCUGAGCAGACUGAAUCUAACCCGCAAAAAGAAAGGAAAUCAGUUCAUGAGAGGAUCAGAGUACCUGUUUCAUAUGAUGACCUUUUCGGAGGAGUACCUGUGGAUGCUUCAGAAGAACAAACACAAGACUCUUCUGUUUAA